AUGGACGAUUCAGCCACGGAGCUGCAACGCAGACCUGUGGCCAAGAGGCGGAAGCGAGCGGCAAACGUGUCAGCCUCAUUAAGCCGAUGGGUCGUUGAGAAUGUGACGCAAGCUCGUGAGCUCAUUCGUUCAGAGGCUCGGGCAGGUUAUCAAGAAGCAGCAGGUCGUCUGGUGGCGGUGCUCGAAAAAAUGCCUGACUUGUGGCAAGAGCUUCACGAAGAGCUGUUGCUUGCAGUGUGGCUAGGUUCGGAUGCCGGGCUGCAGGCGCGACUCGCCGAGGGAGCCGCAGGGUCUCUUGUGAAAUUCUCCAUCCAGCCUCAGAACCUCUCCAGUCUCUUCACGAUGAUUGGUAAAGCUUUGGCAGAUGAAGGCCGUCACUGCUCAGCACUGCGGGCCAUGCAUCGGGGCCUCAAGCUUGCACCAGAUAAAGCAUCUCGAGACGAGUCAAUUUCAAGCCUGUUCGGACUUCGUUCGCGUGCGCUGGCGCUGUGGCAUUUUGCCAUGCUCAACGACGGUCCAAGAAACAGCGCCUUUGCCGGAGCUAUUCGCGAUACCAUAAAGGAGCUCGGCGCAGAACCUGCAGGUCAUCAGAACAGCUGCCUGGACAUAGGAACUGGAACGGGGUUUCUGGCUCUUAUUUGCCGUGAGCUCGGCCAGCACAUCAAAGGGGGUUUGGAGGUGCACGCAUGUGAGCAGAACGAGCUGCUCUUUGCUUUGGCAAAGGAGGUUGUGGGAAACCACGCCUCUGACGACCUGGGCCUGGCACAAAGCCACAGAAACACUGCGCAAGCACAAGUGCGGCUGCACAAGGGUAACAGCUGUACGUUGCAGCUUCAAGCCUUUGACUUCAUAGUUUGCGAGGCUGUUGAUGCUGAACUUCUUGGCGAGGGUUAUUUGCAGACUGCGAUGGACGCAUGCAAACGGCUCUUGAAGCCACAGGGAAGGCUUCUGCCGUGUAGAGGCACAGUUUACGGCCAGCUGGUGGACUGCCCCAUCCUACGGCAUUCCUUUGGUGGAACCCAUGCCUGCAGCAGCUUCAAAGGAGUCGGCGGCAAACUCUACCAAGGCUUCAUGUGCGAGUUCCUGGAAGACUUCGACCAUGUCAUCCUGAGCGAGCCACAUGAACUUUUGCACAUCUGCUUUGACGACCCAGAACAGAUCCAGCAGCAGCUAAAUGCUUGUGAUGUUGCAUCGGUCAGCCUGAAAGUAUCUCGUGGCGGAACUGCCCAUGCCUUGGUUGUUUGGUGGGAUCUCCAUUUGGAUAAAUCCGGCAAGCACUGUGUGUCUUCACACCCUGGCCGAAGCGAGAACCAUUGGCCACAGGUCUUCUGGCCCGUCUGGGCACAGGCAAACGCUGCGGAAGUUCAGGUGGGAAGGCCUAUGUCAGCUGGGGAAGCCGUGGAAGUUGGUGUAAGGAUGUUCGAGGACCGAAUGGAGUGUCGGGUGAAGUCUCCCGAGUCUUGUCAUGCAGCGCAAGAAUCGGAAGGAGCGGAGGCUCUGUCCGUUGAAGAUUUCCGAUGGCUGAACGACCGAAGUGUGUGGGACAAUCUGAGGAAGCAUUCUGCGAGCGUUUUGCCUACAAAGUGCCGAGAACCUCGUAUUCUGGACCUGUCUUCGAUGCGGCUUCCUGCUGCUCUGGGAGUCGUGGCACAAAGCCUACCAAAGGAAAUUCGCCCCAAGGCCUAUGCGAGCAGCUGCCUUGACCCGACGUCAUCUCGAGCCUUUCUGGCAGCUAAUGGGAUCCGUGGCAACAUCACUUUUUGCCAGCGCUCAUCCGCACACAAUCUGGCCGACUUGCUAGGAGAGUCUGGCGCAAAGCAGGAUGGUGAUGUCAUUUUGGUUUUCGCCGAUGCUGUGCAGCGGUCUGGCGAGCUGCGCCCUGACGUCCUCUCGCAGGUCGUAGCGGCCCAUCGUCACUGCACAAUCCCUGGUGGAAAGCUUUGGGUUCUGCCUCAUUUCUUGAGCUUGUCGCUCACACUGGUGGAGAGCAUGCCGCUAUCCAGGAGCAGCCACGUCCACCAUCCAUCAGUAGAUGGUGUGCAUGUGGAUGUGAGGAGUUUAAAUGCAUUGUCUCCCACCACAUUCGAGGCAUUUUCAGAGAAGCGACUUUCACCGAAACGCCUAACAUGUGAACAAGAAGUGCUGCGACUUCCACUGUCAAGCCCGUCUUGCCCAACUCAGUUGGCAAGCCUUGAAGCCGGGAGGAAAUGCAGGCUAGGCCCAGUCAUUGCAGAUGGCUCGGUCCAUGGUGUGCUUUGCAACUGGUCUUGGUCCCAUCCGCAGACGCAGCAGACGCUGGAGGCAGGCGAUGAUUUUCCUGAUGUCGGAAAAGCUGGUGCUGUUUGGCCGGAAACGUUACCUAGAAGAGUCGCGAAGGGGGAUUAUGUUGUUGUCGAAAUCCGAACAUUCGCUGCUCACGGCAUCCUCGUGACACCAUUGCAGCUUCUGCCUGCCGCUUCAGUUUCUUAG